UUGGCACAACUGCCAAACCAAGUAAAGGUUUUGAUUUUUUUCGUUUGAACAAGUUGGAACAUCUCCCGCUCGCUGCGCCGUGUGUUAGAUUUCUUCGGGUUGUCUGUGUAAGGUGGAAACUGUCAACCUCUCGGUUACAAUCUAAAGUGAAUUCAACAUUGCGCAGUGCAUAUGAUGUGCAUGAAUCAUAUGCUAUUUUACUUGAUACCACCAUGGAAUCUCAGCAUCAAGAUCUGUCUCUGAGAGCACAAGAAAAUUCAUUUGUUCCUCCUGAGGAAAACAGACCAGUUUUGCCAGCAGAUUUACUCAACCUCAAUGAUGCUGAAAUGGCAAAACUUUUUGAACCUAGGCUGCCAAAUGGUGUUCUUCUCGAGGCAUACUCUUAUCAGGACAUGCAAGAUAUUGUUUGUUCAAACCCUGAUUUGAUCAACGAAUCUUUUGAAUCACUAAUUCAAGAGUUAGAUGAACUAAGUCAGCCUGGAUCAUCAUCCUCUCCAAUCAGUGAAGAAAGUAAGCCUGAUCAUUCCGUAUUCUUUGGGGACAGUGCAAAGUUCAAGUUAAAAGAAGAACGUAAACCUUUGAACAACAUUUCAUCUCAGAAUAUUUUAUGUGCUGGUGCACCUUCAUUUCCAAAUACAAGUUUUGUCAGUCCAGAGGUAGCCACAUGCUACCUUCCUAUGCCUCCUGAACACUUUCCCAUUAGUAUUCAGAAAUGCAAAAAUAGUGAAUCAAUAUUUACUACCUUCUUUAAUGCCUAUGAAGGAAAAAGUAAGUGCAAGAUAGAAGCAAAUGAAACCUUAGUGAAGAGUGAAGAAAUAGAACUGAGUAAUGAAAGGAUUGACUCUACAAUUACUUGUGACUCUGCCUGGGCUACAAUGCCUGCUUGCAAUGACCAGACUGUCUCCUCCUCACAGCCUCUGCAUCCACAAUCUUUUAAGGAGAAGGAUAAAAAUGUAACUAUUACUAUGGCUCAUGAAAUUUGUGUUGAAGAUGGUCUCUGCUCAAGCCUGCAAGGUAUUACUUCUAGCUCAAAGUCCCUCAACAACAACUUAAUGAUUGAAUGUUCAGAUUUACAACUCAAGGUUCAGGAAGCAGAAACUGUCUUGAGAAAAUUGUCUUGUGACUCCUCUAGUAUCUUGGAAAAUAUGUGUGUAAUUGAAGAACAGGUUCUUGAUGUCAUACACAGUGUUCAAGAAAAAGUAGAAACCAACAUCAAGAGAUUAUCCUUCAAUGCUUCCAGCUCAAAGGUCAAGUUAGAAGUUCUCAAUGACACUGAAACAAUCAAAUGCCCUCACAAAUGUGAUGUAUGCAAUCAGGAAUUUAGCCUCCUUACGAACAUCAGUCAUCAUCAGAGCAGUCACACCAGAAAGCAAGCAUUUUGUUGUGAUCCAUGUGAUCUAGUAUUCAUCACUGAUGCAGAGCUCUUGACACACAAUACAAAACUCCAUAAUUAUUCUAAUGGCUACUGCUGUGAAAUUUGUUCUGAUAUAUUGCCUUCGUAUCCAGAAUUUCUAGAGCACUUGGGACAUCAUUCUAAGCAGGAACCAUUUAAAUGUGGUGAAUGUGACUUUAAAUUUAGGAAAUUUUCUAAUUAUUGUCUUCAUAUGUGCCAACACACUGGAGAGCUUAUUUUCAAAUGUAUUGUUUGCUCAUCAUUAUUUCGAUCUAAAGAAGAUCUCUUCAGUCACCAAAGAUUCUUCCAUUCCCCAAAUAUUAUCAAUGAAGAGAAAAAUUCUAUUAAAAAAAAUGAAAACACUUUCCAGUGUGAAGCCUGUGGGAAAACAUUCAACAAACUUAGGGCUAUGUUAAUGCAUAAAACUGUGAAACACAAAGUUCAUAAAGCAGGAUUUAGCAAGAAAAAGUUGAAUUUGUGCUGUGCAACAUGCCGGAAAAGUUUUGCCACUGCCAAAACAUUAAAAGCACAUACAGCUGCUGCUCACCGAUGUAAUGUAUCUGUGAAAAAGAGUAAGUUAAAAUCUCUUACAGCAGCUGCUCAGAAUCGUACUGUACCCUCAAAAAAAAAAAGAAAGCAGUCUACCUUGAAGUGCGGUGACUGUGAAAAGGUCUUCUACUCAAAUGCUGUUUAUAACAGACAUGUCUUGACUCACCAACCCAAAGCUAGGAGAAGCAGUUUAAAGGCGAAAUUUCAGAUUAAGGUAUCCUCUCUCAGUUUCCGAGAGGUGAAGUUUUUAUGUGAAUUUUGCUGUGAUCCCUUUCAUCGAGCUGCUGAUUUGAAAAAACAUAAAGAGUUGGUGCAUUCUUCUGGAAAGGAUAAAGUUGGGCCUUUAUGUCAGCGAAAGACAAGAAGACGUGGAAGUUUGGAUUCCGUAGGCUCAUUUUCUGACUCUGCCUCUGCCCGUACUCUUACUCCUACUCCUGCUAAUGAUCAGAUGGAAGAAGUUUCUAAGGACAAGAGCUCUGCUGAUCUCAUUAGACAAAAAUUCCAAGUAAUACAAGAAAGUAAUGAGGUGUGGGUAAAUGUUAAUAAUAACAUGCUGAGAGGUGUCAAAGCAGAAGGCUCUCACCCCAAACAACUUGAAAAUGCUUGUAAACUUAUCAGACAAGGAUGUGGGAUGACUUCCUCAAAUGAUGACGAGUCUGUCCUUCAUUUUUGCAUACAGUGUUCACUGUCUUUCAAAAACAUAUUUGAGUUGAUACAGCACAAACAGCUUCAUCCCUUGCCUUUCCUUUGUCCUACAUGUGGGCUUUCCUACUUGAUUGAAAGUGAUUUGAUCAAUCACAUUUGUGUUUUCUAGUUAAGUCAAUAAUUUACUUAAUAAUUUGCUUGUUCCUCAUUUCAUUAAGGGUUGAUUUACAUGUACCUUGUACCCUCAUAGUAAUUUAAUAAAUACUUUUUUGUUCCUUAAAAUAUUA